AUGCCCUCACUUCAUGAUUACUGCCAAAAACUCCGUGAAAUUGCGUCUCAGCUCGAAGAUGUUGACCAACCUGUGUCCGAAAGUCAUCUUAUAAUACAACUUGUAAGUGGUCUCCCGCCCGAAUACGACGUCGUUGCUGCCCAACUCCACAAAGACCUUCCACCUUGGGAGGAUGCAGUCGAUCUUCUUGAUGCCGAAGAGCGCCGACAACGAGCCCGUCAGGAACCUACUGCUGCUGUCAUCCCUGACUCUUCCAAACCGGCGGUUGAACCCCCGGCUCCUCGUCGUGAAAAGGAUUCGAGGGGCACUAACCGAAACACCCGGCGCCGCCCUGGUUCUGGUUCCUAG